UCACUGCUCCGCAGUUAGGGCGGCGUCCGACUAUAAAGUCUCCGCUGCGCUGUUCCCCGACCUCUGAACAUUCCCAGCUCUUCUCUACCGACGACGUCCCUCCCUGCACGUUCAGACACACCUCAGCAGCCAUGCCUUCAGAGCUAGAGACCGCCAUGGAGUCGCUCAUCAAGGUGUUCCACCGCUACGCCACCAACGUCGGCAAAGACCGCGCCGCGCUCACGCGGCGACAGCUCAAAGACUUGAUGGAGAACGAGCUGUCGACCUUCCUCCUGUCUCAGAAGGACCCUACUGCUGUGGACAAAAUCAUGAAGGAUCUGGACAGCAACGGCGACGGCCACGUUGACUUUGAGGAGUUUGUUUCCCUGGUUGUUGGACUUUCCAUCGCCUGUGAGCACUGCUACCAGAACAAAAUGAAGAUGGGGAAGAAGUGAGCGGCCGGAGGAGAGGAAGAAACCAAAAAGCAUUUCAAGUUUUGUAAAGAUAGUUUUGUUCAUUAAAUACACUGAAAAAUUCCAAACCUGUUGCAUCUGCAAGUUACUGUAUGUUCAUUUGCAUCUCAUUUAAACAUAAAAGCACCUCUGCCUCUUUUA